AUGGGUGAUAAUGAAAACUUCGGUUCUUCCAACGAACGAAUACAUUCCUUAAACAAUGCUGCAGUAUGUGAGCAUUCGGAUGAAAUGAAUUUGUCGGGUAUCAAUCUGCUCAUGAAUAAUACGAGAAAUGAAGAUGAUCACAAUGAUUUGAUCGUUUUAGAUCCUGAUCACCCUUUAAUGGUCCGUUUCCAAGAAUGCCUGAAGACUAUGCUCUUGAAGCACACUGAUAAAAUUGAGAUAUAUUUAAGAGAAAGAGAUGAAGAAUUGAAGAGAGAAAAGUCUCUUCACAUGGAAACUGGAUGUGAGUUAUACAAUCUACAGCAAGAGCUCGCAAAAUUUCAACUACAAUUAGACAAGAAGCAUAAUGAAUAUACAGAACAUCAUAGGAAUUGCGAAAAUGUGCAAAAUAAAUUAACAAAUCUUCGUGAAAGUUAUCAGAAAUCGGUGAAAACAAUGUUUGAAGAAACCAAGAAAAUGCAUUCUAUGCGAGAUGAAGUAGAUGUAUUGUGUUUAAGAUUGUACUACCUCAAUAAAGCUAAACAGGAUGUUAACGGAGACUUAAAAGUGUUGAAAAGAGCAGCUGAAAAGGUGAACUCAGAUUUAACCAAGUUUGAAGAAGAAAAGCUGCAACAGGAUCUUUUGGUUGAUCGUAUACAAACUAAGGUGGACCAGCUGAAAGAAGAUAUCGAAUUAUAUGAAGCCCAAAUUUCAGCUCAAGAAAUCGAAAUGAAUACUGGUCAGAAUCUAUUAUAUGAAGCGGAAGCCCAAAUCGUUUCUAUCAAUGUGGACAAAUCUCACUUGUUAGCUCAAUGGAAAACUAGUUUACUUGGUUUACAGCGUAGAAAUGAAGCAUACACUGCAUUGUUGAAAGCCUAUAAUCAAUUGAAAGAAGAAUCGCUUGUUCUAGAAAAUGAACAAUGUGCGUAUAAGCGUUCAAUCGGCAAGGAACAAGAAACUCACGAACGUCUAACAUCAUUACAAAAUAAAAAUGAAUCAGACUUAAACACAUUGCGUAAACAGUUACUGCAGGCAGAAACUAAACUUGAAGCUGAUAAACAAGCCUAUACAUCAUAUUCGAGAAUGCUCCAGGAAACUGAACGUUGUCUGAACAAUGCUAAAACGGAGAACAAUGCUGCUCAAAUGUGUGUCAAGAACAUUCGGAAACAAAUUGAGAGAAAAGUGUUAGAGAAACAAGAGUUAGAUAAAAAGAUUACUGAAGAACUAAGGUCUCGAUUAACUGCACAAAAAGCUGCUAAUUAUGUUAACAAAAUUAACAUGAAUGUACAAGAUCAAAGCAGAGAGUUGUUGACUCAAAUUGUACAAAUGGAGAAUCAAAUUGCCAAAGAUGAGUUAUGCAUAGCACACAAAAAAGCUAGUAAUAUCCAACUGCAAGAAAGAGUUAAUGAUUUGGAAAAGGAAAUUGACAAUAGUAAUUUAUUAAUUACUAAGCUGGAGACUGAAAUACAUCAUGCAAAUGUAGCUGUAGAGCGUAAACAAGGUAAUAUUGAUAUACUGAAUAAAAAAUUGGAACGGUUAAUUCGUGAAAGUGGCGGCCAAGAAGUUGGACCAUUGGAUGCGCAAAUAAAUAACUUAAAUAAAGCGAUAACCAGUAAGCAAGAUGAAAUUGGUGAACUUGAGCAACAGUGGUUAAAAGAGCAAAAUGAAUUAGUAAUAAAUAUUAAUGAACGAGAUAAGCUAUCCGAAUCUGCAACACGGAUAAGCAAGCAGCUGUCAAUCUUAACACAAAAGAAAAUGCGGGUUGAUAAUGAAAUUGCAAUUCAGGUACGUGAAAAAAAUGAUCUAGAAAAGGAAUUACGACACUUACAAAACGACAUAACAAGAAUGAAUACAAUGAUAGCUAAGGAGAAGACAAAUGAAGAAAAUUUAAACAAUGAAAAUAAGUUGGCUGAAAUUGACUUCGUACGCUCUUUGAAAGAGAAAGAAACUGAAGCGGCUAAUUUGCAAGAAAAAGUUGAUCAAACUCAGAAGGAUAAAGAAAAUUUACUCAAUGAAUUAGUUGAGGUAGAGAGAGCAAUAAUGUUGUGGGAAAAGAAAGUGCAAUUAUGUGAAGAGACAAAAAAAUCAGUUGACUGUGAUAUCGGUCAAGGAGAGAUGAGUGUUAUGCGUCAUGAAAUUCAUCGUAUGGAGAUACGGAAAUCUUCAUUACUUCAGCAACAAGAAAGGCUGAUACAAGCACUAGAGCGUUCUGUGUCAAAGCGCGAUAUUAUUGUGAAUCAGUCUGAACUUGUGCAGCUGAAAAAAGAUAAAACACAAGUCCGCAUUACAGCUCAGCGUCAUAUUGAUGAUCUUAAACAAAAAUUGAAAGCUAUUAAACAGAAUUCUUCUAUUUGUACACAAGAACUUGGAGAAAUAGAAGAGAAAACUAAUAUUUUGGAAAGCGAAUUGUCAAUGAAAAAAGCUGACGCUGAAAGUCAAAAGACAAGAGCUGAUGAGUUGAUGAAGGAACUACAAUCAUUAAUUGAUCAGAAACAAAUUGACCUUUUUGAACUCCAAAUGCGUCAGCAUGCAACAGUGUACUGGGAGCAAGUUAAAGAAGGCAAGUAUAGGCGUCUUUGUCCUUCUGUCACUUCAGCCGAAAAUGAAAGAAAAAGACAAAUUAAUCGCGCUCGAAGUUUAAUGGCAGUUAUUGACCACUUAGUAACAGAAUUUCCACAGAUUCGAAAAGAUUUGGAACCUGUAGGUCAUUUGUUAGAAAGCAAGUUAAAUUCUGAAAGCAGUGAACUUAAACUUGAUGGUGUCAGUCCUGGUACUGAAGAUUCAUUAUUGAUUUAA